CCUAAAAUUCACAUAUAACUCCUCUAAACCAUACUGAGAGGAUCUAAUGAAACGUCAAUGGAAACGUUGCCAGGCAUUGAAUAAUUAGGGAGAAUGUCCGUGAUGUUCAGAUGGCGGAUUGUGUUGUCCAAAUGAGAUCAAAACACUGAAGGGGGUACGGAGGAUGUCACUCUGUCAGAGAUGGAAUGACACAGAUGCAAUCGCGAACUGAUAAAUUGUCUUCCGGAGUAUCUUUCUUGGGUGCUGCGGGAAAACCUACCAGCCAGGCCAACCCAGCUAUUAAGCAUAAUCUACGAUAUCUUACUCUGGGAAGGGCUUUUCAUAAGAUUUAUCGAGUUCAUAAGAGCUCGGAUCCUCUUGUCAUAAGGGCUUUCACCAGAAGGCGUCCAAGACAGACAUCUUGCCCCUCAAGCCCUAACGGGUCAGGAGGUGGUCACACCUCAAAUGGCACGAGCACAGGACCUGAAUCAGGAGGGUCUGACAACGCAGCCAGCACACCCAAUGCCGAAAACGACUGGGCUGCUAAACGAAGGCAGUAUGAUGUCGAUGAGUGGGUGGACGCCUUUGAUCUGCCAACUUCAGAGCGGCAGUCACGGUCCCAGCUGAUCAACUGGGGCUCUUGGCACUGGAAGGACCUUGGGGAGCGGAUCGCAUACAAGUACUUCUGCUGGAGGCAAGACACAUGGAGCGAUCUGCAGCUCUUUGCGGUGGUCAACCUGGGCGUCAUAUUUCUGUUCGGGUGGCUCAAAACCCACCUCGUAGAUGCAUCUGACAGCAUCUCCGCGGAAGAGCUCGACGCUAAACCCUUCUGGCUGAGCAUCUACCAGAUCCUGCAAGUGAUAUUUGGGCAGCAGCUUCCAGACGAGGCGACCAGCUUCGCGCAGCAGUCCUUCGCAGUGAGCGUGGCGGCCAUUGGGCUGGCAGCAUUUGCGCUGGUCCUGGCUCUGGUGGAGCAGGUCGUGCUGCAGGUGGUGGACGAGAAUGUUGCGCGCGGCUCGAGGGUGUUUGAGACAGGGCAUAUCCUGGUGCUCGGCUUCUGUGACAGCCAGCGUGACCUGGAGGUGGUGCAGAAGAUUCUGUCACAGACGUGUCAGGCAUAUGCUUCGGAUGGCGGCCGCGUGAUUGUGGUGAUGACUCAGAGAGAGAAGAUCGGGAUGGAGACCCUCUUUCGUCGCAUCAUUCCCCCGCACAAGCGCUGCGGCUGCAACUUUGUUUUCCGCCAGGGAUCCCCGUUGGUACCUUCGGACCUGAAGAUGGUUGCUGCGUCCAGUGCAGCCGCAACAGUCAUUGUCUCCGACUCCUCAAGGUCGCCGGUGGAGGCUGACGCGGAGGCGAUCCGGGCCGCGAUUCUGCUGGACGAGAUGGAGGCGCCGGCUGCGUCGCGCGGGGGCCGCAUUAUCGUGGAGGUCAAGACGCUCAACGCGCUGGCCGUGCUGCAGUACUCCUGCUCCGUGCGCGUCAUGGCCCUGCACACCGGCGAAAUGAACGCCCGCAGGCUGUCGCGCAUGGUCAGGUCCCCCAUCGUGGCGGCCAUAUCCUACAUGGUGUGGAACUUCGCAUGCCGCCCACAGGUGUACCUGCAGCGGCUGCCGCAGCUGGUGGGCAAGACGUUCGGGGAGCUGCAAUUCUACCUGCCGCGCGCCACAGUAUACGGGCUGGUGCAGCACGCGACGCGGCGUUGCGUGCUCAACCCGCCCCCAGGCACGAGCGUGGCCGACCUGGACGAGAUCAUUCUCAUCCGAUCCACCGACCUGCGCGAGGACCAGGUCCUGCCCCUGCCGCAGCCCGUCGCCGUCGACCCCGGGGAGUGGGACCCGGAGGCGUACCGGUCGCGCGCGGGGAUGAGCAUGAGCGGCACCGACGAGGACUGGAGUGAGAUGGGGAUAGACGAGCGGCAGCUGCAGAUGGUGGGCUUCAGCGGCCGCGUGCGCGCGAACGCCGCCUCUGCGCAGCUGGCCCAGGAGCGGCAGACCUCCUACAUGUACAUCAUGCCCCAGGAGCACUCCUCCUACCGCGAGUCCCAGGAGAUUGUGCUGAUAUGUGGGUGGCGGGAGGAGGCAUUCAUGAGCGAUUUGCUGAGGGAGAUGGACCACGGGCCCUCGGCUCUGCCUGCUGGCAGCUCGAUCACGCUCUUCAAUAGCACCUCCACAGACGAAGUCAUUGCCCGUGUCAAGAAGCGCAACCGGUUGCGCAACUUGGAUGUGCAGUAUGUGAGCGGCAACCCCCUGGACUAUGUAGAGCUGACGGCCAAGAUAGACGUCACCAGGUACACGACGGCGAUAGUGCUGUGCGACCAGAGCUGGGUGGACCCUGACCUGGACGACACGAAUGGGAUCCAGGUGCGCGAGCAGCGCGACAUGCUGCGCCUCGAAUCCCAGAUCCUCCUCGUCCAACUUCACAUCCGCAAAUCCCUCAUGGAGGCGGGCUACCCGGACAUAAACAUAAUCUGCGAGAAGGUAGCGGCGGAGGGCGAGACGCGGUUUGAGGACCGGUACCGGCUGCCCAUCGGCAUAUCUGUCAACAUGACCUCCUUCUCCGCCAAGCUGCUCACCUCCACCCUCUACAAUCCGCGCAACGUCCUUGUCUUUGCACAGAUGGGUGAUGGGAAUGAGCUGGACGUCCAGUCAGCCGCUGCCUUCGCAAAGCCGGGGGAGGUCCUGUCCUACUGGCAGCUCCAGGCGCGGGCAAUGUCUGUCGGGCGCAUCCUGUUCGGCUAUUACCGCGUGCCAGACUCUGCCUCGGAGCCCAUCGACUUCACAGUCAACCUGGAGGGCGAGGAGCUGCGCUCAGCCAAAAGGGUGUGGAACGACGGCUCAACGCAACUGAUCCUGCUCUCGCCGCGCGCGCGCCAGCUGGGGCAAUCGCCGCAGGCAUCGCGCAGCGUGGACCUGGUGCGCACCGGCAGCAGCAAGCUGGUUUCCUGCGGAUCCCUGCAGCCCUGGGCGCCCGGGGAGCUGCCUGCGCGGCCGCUGUGGCUGUCAGUGGACGGCGAUGACGAGGAUUACUGA